UCUGUUUCAGCUUUUACAAUGAACCCCGUAACUACACACUUACACUGGAUAUGAAAAUCACUCCAAGUACUAGCCCUACUAACAAAAAAGGAAAUGAAUUUCGAGUACAACUGACAGUUAAAAACAAUGUGAAGCAAUGCCAGGAGGUAGAAAUAACUAGUGAUGAUAACGGAUUCAUCAAGUACCUUUCUGGUCCAUCAACUUAUGAAACUUGCAUAUGUACCAUUAGCGAUUUCUUCUGGGAUAUAUAUGUCCCUGAAAGUACUUAUCUAAAAGCAUCAGCCACCAUUCUGCCAUAUAAGAACAAAUGUCCUGACUCUGACGAACCACUACUAUAUGGUGACCCUUACCAAAUAUACAAUGUUACACAUGAAAUCAAUGUAACACCAUAAACUGAAAGGUUGCAAUAGAACCACAUCACUAACGUACUCUUGGAGAGGAUUUUGUGUGUGUGUGUGCAUGUAUUUUGCAAUAAAAUAAAAUAGUGUUAAAUUAAUUCUGUGGUAAAAUCUCUGUAUGGUAAAUAAAUUUUUUCCACUUCA